AUGGCACCUUCUACACAGACACAUUCUUAUUGCGUUGUGCAAUGGGAGGAUAACAAUAAUGAAUAUGCUGUUGUUCAUAUGAAACGUGCAAAGACAUCAAUCAUGUUGAAAGUUGGUUUAACAACAUCAUUUGAAGGAAACAAUCGAGAUCGUCGGCGUGGUGCAAAAAACGAUUGUACUGUAUUUAGUUUCCAAUUUGAAGAUCAAGGUGGACAUGUUAAUACUUAUUCCUGGAGUUUAGCACCUGGACUUUUCGAAAAAAUUGAAGAAACAACAAAAGCUAUUAAAAAUAUUGCUGGUGGAAACUUACAUCGAACUAUAUCUUCAUCGUCAACAAGUUCAACAACCAUGUCAAAGAAUAAAAAACGAAAAGUAAAUCAUAAUGAACAACAUACAACUGAUAAUCCAGGUGUAAUUGACGUCAAUAUGAUGCCAGUAUCACCACCUGCACCAGGUUCAACUCGUUCUACUAUUACUAUUGGUGAUAUUGAUCAAUCAUUAGGUUCAAGUGAUCAACGUCCAUCUAAUUCAUCUAAUGCAAAUAAAACUUCAACUACAAAUACUGAAACAAUAGUAUCGUAUGAUAUUGAUAGUCUUGUUCAAGAAAAUAAAGCAUUACGUAAUAAAGUUAAUGAGCUUGAAGAACAAUUAUUAGUUCAACGUGAAACAUCAAUUCGUGAGUAA